AUGACAACUCCAUUAUUGAACAGGGUCAAACAAAUUGGCUACAAAAACCCUAAACAAUUGUGGAAUUUAGUUUGUUUGUUAUAUCCAAUUACAUAUGUUAUAUUAGUACCAGUAUCUUUAUAUUCAACAAAAUAUAGUAAACAAAUUUCUGAAAUUUGGUUUGUUAAAUUUUUAGAGAAUUAUAUUGUUAGAAAUUAUAUGAUACUAUGGUUUUCGAUUUUAUAUUUUAUUAAUUUAUUACAAUUUCAUAAUUUACAAAUAUCAAUAUCAUUAAAAGAUCAAUCAACUAUUAAAAAUUUUAAAAUUUAUGUAAUAAAUGUAAUAUGGUUGAUAAUUUUAUUAGAAUGGUUUUUUGGAUCUCCAAUAUUUGAAAGAAUAAGUAUAGCAUUAGGAGCAUUUUGUUCAAAAACUGAAUUUUAUACUGAAUAUAAAUGUUUGAAGGAAAAUGGGAAAUGGAUAAAUUUAUUUGAUUCUUCAAGUCAUUAUACUAUGUUAAUUUCAAAUAGUUUAUUAAUUUGGAAUUUAAUUAUACCUUUUAUAUCUACAAAAUUAUUAAAAUAUAAAUCAAAUGAUCUUGAAGAAGCUGCCGGUUUUCAACAAGAAAUUAAUGAUAAUGAUGAUUCAUAUAAUAUAAAAAAAUAUAUUGUAUAUUUAUCAAUUUUGUUUAUUGUAUUGUGGUACAUCCUGUUUGUUAUAACAUCAUUAUUCUUUCAUACAAUUCUUGAAAAACUAGUUGGUUUAGUGUGUGGAAUGACUAUACCAUUAUUAAUACAAUUUAUAUAA